AAAAAAAUCACGUACAUGGAUAGCAAACCUUAUCAUAUCUUAUACGACUCACCUACUCACUGAGAGAAAAUAUUUUGAUGGCGUUGCUCUCUCACGGUUCUUUCUCAGGCACGGCCAUCUUCCGCCAUGCCGCCAUGGCGCCGCCGCGUAGCCUGGCUCGCGUCGUGAUAAGAUCCGUGCAAUCCGCCGAGAAUGAGAAGAAGGUUGCUGACACCAAAGAAGAGCAAAAACCUCCUCCAGCUGCUGCUGCUGCUAAGCCCAAGAAACCAGUAUACUCAAUGAAGAAGGGCCAGAUCGUAAGAGUCGACAAGGAAAAGUAUCUCAAUAGUGUAAAUUAUUUGUCUGUGGGGCAUCCGCCUUACUACAAAGGUUUGGACUACAUAUAUGAAGACCGGGGUGAGGUGCUGGACUUGCGCAUAUUUGAGACGGGCGAAUAUGCUCUUAUUGCAUGGGUUGGAAUACCAACUGCACCAGCUUGGUUACCAACAGAAAUGCUAAUCAAGGUAACCACUACUAACAGAUACGACUUAAUUUCUCUAUUUUCAGAAAAAAUAAAAAUAAAAAUCCAUAGUGGAUUUCGUAACAUUUAUGAAUUAUUAAAUUCAAACUGAAUUUACCUAGCUAUUUUGUGAUUAAUGAGUUAAUGACCAUGAUUCUAACUGACUUUGCAGUCCGACAAGCUCGAUUACGAGAGAAUAUAAUACAGAUCGCCGUCGAAGAUCAAAUUAAUCCUGUUCGAUUAUUAUAUUAAUAUUGCUUCAUUUUAUCAGUAACUUUUAGGAUGUACAUGAAUUUCAAGUAUAUAUUGCAAUAAUCUUGAUUCA